UUUCUGUUGACAGGGUGGGCUUUUGCUGAUUCUGUUCUUCAUAGGUUGGCACCCCUUUGGGUAGGUGCUAGAGGUUUAGAGUUCACAUGGGACUACAUUUUGCAAGGACUAGAAGCAAAUGCAAAUUUGGUUUUGAGUAUAUCACUUGCUGCUUUGGGGUCUUUGAUGUGGCUUCGGAAGAACAAGCCCAAGACAUUGAUCCCUAUCAUAUACACGUGUGCAGGGAUUGUUGCGACAAUGCCAUCAAUAACGAGCUACUUGAGGCGAGGUUUGGGAUGGCAGUUACCGAAAGUAGUAGGCUUUGAACUUUUCACCUCUUUGGUGAUGGCUUUUAUCAGCUGGCAGCUCUUUGCUGCAUGUCAGAGGCCAUCGAGCUAAGCAACAGCGAAUUUACAGAUGAGGAAAUGGGCUAGUUCUCUGUGGUACAAGCAUUCUUAAUGAUUGCCUUUUUCUUUCGAGGCUGGUUUAGGAAUAUAAAGGCGUUGUAUCUUUCUCUUGUGGAAUUUCGUGUCCCAAGGGAUUUUGGAUUAUGCAUUUGCAAAAUUUUGCAGCGAUAUGCAAUUUAGGGGGUCCUUUACCAACAAUCACUUUGCAGUUUACAUGUGCGGUUGAUGGAUCUUUCAUUCCAAAAUGACUUGAAUGCUCCAUCGCUUUUUUAUG